UGGUAGCUUUAUUUAUCUUUUUAGCUGUAAAACAAAUUCAUAUAGGCAUAUCUAGAGAGCUAUACAUAAGAAUAGCAAUAGCCAAAUGUAGGUUACACUAUUUUUUUUAGUAGAAUAACUUAAUUGAUACUAUCAAGAUCAACAAGAACAAUAUCAAUAGUAGAUAGCCAAAAGCGUUGUCGAAUUGGAGUGCGUUUUUGUUUAUCGUCAUCUAAGGAUAUUUUUGCUUCUUAUCCUAGAGAUUCUAAGAAUCUUUCUUCAUCGCUAAGCUGUACGUUUGAAUCGCGGAUAUGACUAUUGUCCUGAAGAUUCUUAUCUUCUUGAGCCCGAUUUAAAAACCCGUAUAUGAUGACUGAUCGUUUUUUCAAUUGCUGUGAAAUUCUCUCCCCUUUUAUUUUUCUUAGUUUUAUCAGAUGGCCGAAAGCCUAAAUGAUUUUAUUGCCGGUUGGGUUGGUGGUGCAGCAGGAAUUAUAGUUGGAAGUCCAUUAGAUGUCUUAAAAGCACGACUACAAGCACCUAUCGUACCUAAGGAUCCAUUGAUUGGCUCGGAACAACGAAUGGGAUCAUGGCAAACACUAAGAAAUAUGAUCCGAACAGAAGGAUUGAGUUCUAUGUUUAAAGGUGUAAUGUCACCUGUGGUUGGAUUAGCAGGCCUCAAUGCGCUUUUGUUUGUUUCGUAUGGCUCUAUUUUACGAUGUUUUGAUAGACAAGAGACACCUGAACCUACUUUAUGGCAAGUAUAUUUAGCAGGAGCAGGAGCAGGAUUUGCCUGCUUCUUGUUCUCGACACCUACUGAUUUAGUCAAGAUCCAAGCACAAAUGACAAAGAUACCAAAGACAACACUUCAAGUUACUAAGGAAAUAUAUGUAACGAGUGGUUUUAAAGGCUUUUACCAAGGUGGAAUUAUUACUAUGAUUCGUGAUGCACCAAGCUACGGUAUUUAUUUUUGGGCCUAUGAGGGCAUGAAACGGGCAUUGGAUGUGAAUAACUCGGGGAUGCAUGGAAACUCCUUUUCGUGGGCAUCAAUUUAUCCUAUCGAUGUUGUCAAGUCACGUCUUCAAAUGCAACAUCAAACGCAAGGUGAACAUACUAGACUUUUGGUGGAUCGCCCUUAUACUUCCAUCAAAGACUGUGUUGUGCGGUCAUAUAGAACAGAAGGUGUGCGUGUCUUUUUUAGAGGUCUUUGGCCAACACUUUUAAGAGGAUUUCCUGUAAAUGCUGUCACUUUUUAUGUUUAUGAAAUUACCAUGGAUCUACUUAAUUCUGUAUAAUAUAAUACGCAUUGCUUUUGUUUGUAUGUAAAUCUUCCCUUUCCCCUUUGUAUUUUGUUGAAACUUGUAUAAAAUUCAAUUGACAUUCGUUAUUCUUCUCUCUUUCCUCUCUCUCUCUCUCUAUAUAUAUAUAUAUCAUGAACUCACUUGAGCAUACAAUACUUUCAAUAAAAUCGGACUCGGC